AUGGGUGUGGCGCGUCACGGCGGCGUGGCCGACGACUGCUGCCGCCUGGGCUGCUCGCUCAGCACGCUGCUGCGCUACUGCAAGUUCGACGACGUGGUGCAGCCGCCGCGGGCGCACGGCGACGGCGGCGACGGCGGCGCCUGCGUCGUCGACGACGACGACGACGACGACGAGUUGUUGAGCCUGCAGCUGCUGCACGGGCCGGAGGCGUGGUGCGGUACGUGGCAGCCGGCGAAGCCAGCGCCGCCUAGUGGUGAAGUGGAGUGCACGUGUUCCAGAGGCGGCGGCGGCGAGCAGCUGGAGAACGUGGUGCGCAAGGUCCCGCGGAGGCCUCAGCGCCAGCGCCCUCGUCAGCCGGCUCGUCAGCCCCCUCGUCAGCCGGCUCGUCAGCCCCCUCGUCAGCUGGCUCGUCAGCCGCCGACGACCCCCGCGACGCGGCGCCCCGUCGUCAGAGGCACGGCGACGCCCUACUUCGCUGGGCGGCCCGUCGCCGUCGUCCUCAGCCCUCCGCACACGCAGCGCCAGCCGGCGACCCUCUAGCCACGCACCGACUCAUCUCCUUCACUUCCACCCGUCCUCUCGCACCAUUACCUGAUCUCGCAUCUUCGCAUCCUCCACUGAGCACGUUGUUCAUGAAACCGCCCAUCUAUGUGUGUUCUUAGUACAAAUAAUAAACUCAUUUAUUCAUUACUUUGUAUUGUCAUUAAAAUGUACCACAAAAUGUGUCACGCAAAGAAACCUCACAUGCUAGGAAUGUGAACUCGUGGAUGACACAUUUCAACCUUAAAGUAAGAAGGGUAUAACAUUCUGUUUCUGUGACACAUAUUUCUUCCGUAGUUAUCGUGGCAAGCGUCUACAGUAACAGAUAAAUAGAGGUAAAUCUUUCGAAAUGAAUUUGUAACAGUAGGUAACAGCAACCUGAGAGCAUGUCAGUUUGGGUU